GCCGCUGAGACCUUCCCAUCCUCCGCCGGAGAGCCGGGACCUUAGUUUCUAGCGCGGUGUAAAUGAGGCGGAGCCUGAGGCGCGGCGGUGGUGAUGGUGUUGAACUCAGGUGAAGUCUUCAUGGAUCAGGUCGAGGCUGAAAGCGUCAGGGACCGGUCGGACGUCCGUCCAGAUCCGCCCAGAACCGCCAAAGCCAGACGGAGCAGUGCGGCCAAGAAGGAGGCGGUGCCGUCCCAGAACGGGGUCGUGACCCCGAGGACCAGAGCGCCCGUCCGCCGGCCCCUCAGCAUGGAGGUGACUCCGUCGCCGCGUCCCGCAGUGCUUCAGCCGCCGUGGCGCAGCGGUGCGGCCGCCCCGUCGCCCCGGGCUCGCAGCCUCACCAGCCCCGGCCUGUCGGCGGGCGGCUGGAUGCGCCGCAGCGAGAGCUCCUGCUCCGUCAACUACACCGCAGGGCCGCGGGCCGGCGGACGCUUGCGUCCCGCCACCUCCCUGCCUCACAUUGCCAAAGGGACGGUGGGCUCGGCGGCCCCCCCGCCGGCCCGACCCUGCCUGCUGGUCGCCCUGCGACCUUUGAACCUGGAGCAGGAGAAGCAGACGUUCUUCCAGUCCGACUAUAAAUACGAGCCGCAGUUCGAGUACGCGCAGCCCGAACCGCGGAGCGUUCUUGACAAGUACCGGGAGGGGUCGGGCCUCUUCGUGGAGCAGGCCGUGGGGAUCAUGGAGUGCGUCCUGAGGAAGUUCGGCUCCUACGAGAACUUUGAGGAGGCGACAGGAGGCAGCGUCCUGCCCAAGAGUCAAGUCUGGGCGGCGGUCCGCAAAUACCUGCAGAAGGAGGGCUGCGUGGGGGAGGUGGUGGUGCGUCUCUCUGAUGAGCUGCUGUCGCAGGCCGUCAUGGUGGUGGAGAGCUGCCGUCCCACUCUGACCAUCAACCUGGCCGGCGCUCGCCAGCACUGGCUGGAGGGGAUGCUGCGGCACGAGAUCGGAACCCACUACCUGCGCGGCGCCAACAACGCGCUGCAGCCCUGGGCGUCCGCCGAGGCGCGGCGGCAGCUAGGCCUGAAGCCGGCCAACCCGACGGAGGAGGGCCUGGCCAGCCUGCACAGCGUUCUGCUGAGGAAGCAGCCGCACCUGUGGCGCGCGCUGCUCUACUACACCGUGUUCCACGCCGCCAGCAUGAGCUUCAGCCGCCUCUUCGCCCACAUCGCCCGCUUCGUCCACGACCCGGACGUCCGCUGGGAGUACUGCCUGCGUGCCAAGAGGGGUCAGACCGACACCGCGCAACCCGGUUGCUUCAGCAAAGAUCAAGUCUACCUGGACGGGAUCCUGCGGAUUCUUCGCCAUCGGAGGAACAUCGACUUUAAGAUGCUGACGUCUCUAGGAAAGGUGUCUUUCGAGGAUGUGGAGCGUCUGCGUCCUCUGGCGGCCCUGAACCGGACCAGAAUCCCUCACUUCAUGCAUGACCAGGCGCGUUACCUGCAGCACCUGGACCACAUCGUGGCCGUCAACGAGCUGGACGACGCAACGCUGCAGCAGCUGCUGCCCUGAAUCCCACGAAAGGUCACAUCUUAACGGCGCUCUAUGGGGAAAAAUGUCGCAUUGUAACAAAACUUGAUAGGGAGUCGUAACGACUCUUUAUGUGAAAAACCUGCCCAGCGAUUUUAUUGAUUCCCACCAAAACUUGACAAGGAAAAACAUUGUAACGUCAC